CCCUCCGGCGAACAAGGGGGCGCUGAGCUCCAUGUCGCUGACUCUUCAGCUACCGCUAGCUCAGCGCUAGCCUGGCGCUAACAACAACAAGAACAUCAACGUUAGGAUUAAAUUAAGAUUAAAUGUUUACGUUGUCUGAGUGCUGUGUUUGGAACUACUUUACUGGGAAGUACGCUUAGCCUAGCUUAGCACACCGGUGGUCAAGCUGGCCAUGUCCAGAGUCCCGAGCCCCCCUCCCCCUGCCGACAUGUCCAGUGGGCCGGUGGCCGAGUCCUGGUGCUACACACAGAUCAAAGUGGUGAAGUUCUCCUACAUGUGGACCAUCAACAACUUCAGCUUCUGUCGUGAGGAGAUGGGAGAGGUCAUCAAGAGCUCCACCUUCUCCUCCGGGGCUAACGAUAAACUGAAAUGGUGUUUGCGAGUUAACCCUAAGGGAUUGGACGAGGAGAGUAAGGACUACCUGUCUCUCUACCUGCUGCUCGUGAGCUGUCCGAAGGCGGAGGUCCGUGCCAAGUUCAAGUUUUCAAUCCUCAACGCCAAAGGGGAGGAGACCAAGGCUAUGGAAAGCCAGCGAGCGUACCGCUUCGUGCAGGGUAAAGACUGGGGUUUCAAGAAGUUCAUCCGGCGAGACUUUCUAUUGGACGAAGCCAACGGUCUUCUGCCCGACGACAAGCUCACCCUGUUCUGUGAGGUGAGUGUGGUGCAGGACUCGGUGAACAUCUCUGGCCAGAACACCAUGAACAUGGUGAAGGUGCCAGACUGCCGGCUGGCGGAGGAGCUGGGAGGCCUGUGGGAGAACUCCAGGUUCACCGACUGCUCGCUCUGCGUCGCGGGGCAGGAGUUCCAGGCGCACAAAGCCAUCCUGGCAGCUCGGUCGCCCGUGUUCAGUGCCAUGUUUGAACAUGAGAUGGAGGAGAGUAAAAAGAACCGUGUGGAGAUCAACGAUGUUGAGCCGGAGGUCUUCAAAGAGAUGAUGUGCUUCAUUUACACUGACAAAGCUCCCAACCUGGACAAGAUGGCUGAUGACCUGCUAGCUGCAGCUGACAAGUACGCCCUGGAGAGGUUAAAGGUCAUGUGUGAGGAUGCGUUGUGCAGCAGUCUGUCGGUGGAGAACGCAGCCGACGUCCUGAUCCUCGCAGAUCUACACAGUGCUGAUCAGCUGAAGACCCAGGCUGUAGACUUCAUAAACUACCAUGCUGCGGAGGUGAUGGAGACGGCUGGCUGGCGGUCCAUGGUGGCGUCCCACCCCCACCUGGUGGCCGAGGCGUACCGCUCCCUGGCCUCCGCCCAGUGCCCCUUCCUAGGCCCGCCCCGCAAGCGCCUCAAGCAGUCCUAACACACACACACACACACACACACACACACACACACACACACACACACACACACCCGCUGCCGAAGGGCCCUCCUCCUGGACAGAACGUUAACCACCACCAAGAACUAGUUGGUACUAGUCAUCUAACUAGAACAGCUAGUUAAGUCAUUACAAGCUAGUUAGAUCUAACCCACUAAAUCGAUCCCAGACAGAUAUUUACACCAUAGCUGGCUAGGUAGAUAUAGACCAACUAGUUAGAGACUAACCAGCUAGUUAGCUCUAGACCCACAUGUUACAUCCUAACAAGCGAGUUAGAUCUAGUCAAACUAGUUGGGUAUGACCAACUUCUUAGAUCCUAGCCAGCUAGCUAGAUCCUAGCCUACCAGUUCGAUGCUAAACCAGCUAGUUAGAACCAGACCAGCUCGUUAGAUCCUCACCAGCUAGUAAGAUGCUAACCAGCUCUCAAGUACCUUUCCCAGCUGGUUAGAUCCUAACCAGCUGGUUAGGAUCUAACCAUCUGGUUAGGAUCUAACCAGCUGGUUAGCCUUGGAGCGGGAUUGGAGGGGAGGGAGAAAUCUUCAGGAGUAGGAGUAGUAGAGUAGAGUAGUAGUUAUCUCCAUGUUGGACUGUUCUCUUGGUGAAUGGGUUUUGAGAAUCCUGAAAGACACCAAGACCUGCUAGUAGGACUGCAAGAUCUACUAGUAGGACUACAAUACCUACUACUAGGACUACAAACGCUACUAAUAGGACUACAAGACCAUCUAGUAGGAGUAUAGGACCUACCAGGACUCCAAGCCCUAGUAGGACGCCCAAGAACUACUCGGGGGACUACAAGACCCUCUACUAAAACUACAAGAACUACUGGUAGGACUACAAGAACUACUAGUAGGACUCCGAGACCUGCUACCAGGACUACAAGACCCGCUAGCAGGACUUCAAUCCGUGAGGAGCCUGAAGGAGAGCCUGGACAGCCACCCACUGACAAAGCUACAGCUGGCCAGCGACCUAGCUAACAAGCCAUUCCCUUGGCCUGGAAACCGUUUAUGACGUCAUGUUGUUAGUGACCUCUGCUUUGUCCUUGUAAUUAUUUUCAUAUCGAUUUGUACAAGCUGAUGGAGGCUCUGUAAACCAAAUGUCAAUUGUAAAGUGUAGCCGGACAUUUCUGGACAGGAUCGAAGACUGGGAGAAUUGAAUUUGAACACGUUUUAAUGUUCCGAAACCCUCCUCUGUGGAAAGACUGUUAGCUCCCUUUAUGAUGGCCGUGACGAUUCGUUGUUGCCAUAUUUGUUCAAAAAGGAAUAAAUCACAGCUAUUUUGUAUUUAAUGCAAAGCAGA